AUGGCCACCAUCGAGCCACGCCUCAUCCACCUGCUGAAUGAGUCCACGACGCCUCACAUCCAGCACGCCGACCUCCCGCCUCUCUACGCUCUGCCGCUGCCCACCUCGUCCGACCGGCCUCUCCCGCCCAUCGAGCCAGAUGCCGCCCACCGAUAUGGGACCGACGGAGCCAUCUUUGGCUCGGCCAGCCUCCUCUCGAGCGAUGAUGUAAACCCGUCCUAUCGCAAGGACGACGCCCGAUGGGACGGCCGCCCGUCCGGCACGUCGUCCCACCCCCUCCGGAUGCUCCUUGGCGAGCCUGACAUCCACGAGGGGUCCUCGUCCUACUCCCACUCCAAGAUCCUCAACGACGCCGCAGAGACGUCAGACGACUCCUACACCAAGAAGCGGCCGCGGAAUAUCAACGUCAAGGACGACUUUGUCCAGCUGCCACAGCCCAUGAAGAAGCAAAAGUCGGCCCAGCAGUCGCUGGCUAUGCCACCCAUCAUCAACGGCUUACAUGAGCCGCCCCCUCACGCCGCCCUAUUUCCUCCGAUUGCCUCGACCUCGUUCAACGAGAACGAGGCGAGCCAAGUCAAGAUGAUGCACGACUUUGGCCGCAACGCCGCAGACAGCGGCAACGUUGCUUCGUCUCCCGAAGCCGACAAGACCGCCGCUGGCAAGGCAAGGAAACGAGCCGCAAAGCCCAGGCGGAAGUGGUCCGAGGAGGAAACAAAACAUCUUCUCCUCGGCGUGAACCGACACGGCGUCGGCAAAUGGACCACCAUUCUUGAAGAUCCGGACUUCACCUUCAACGACCGAACAGCUGGAGAUCUCAAGGACAGGUUCAGGACCUGCUGCCCAGUCGAGCUUCGUGGCCCGUCCAAGAGCUCGUCACAGCCGAACUCUCCACCCCCCAGCUCACGCGACCCGAAACCAAGGGCCAAAAAGGGCCUCCACUCGGAGAAUAUUCUCAUCGAAGACAGCCCGUCGCCCCAGGACCCGGCAUCCAGCCCCCAGGAAUCCUCCGCGCCGCCCAAGCAGAAGAAGAGCCGAGCACACCGCAAAAAGCUCGAAGACCUCGCCGAACUCGGGAUCCACGGUCCGUUCAAGAAGUCUCUGAGGCGUGAGAGGCGCCCCUUUACGGAGCAAGACGACCGAGAGAUCCUGGAGGGCCUGGAUAUCUACGGCCCGGCCUGGACCAAGAUCCAGCGAGACUCCCGCUUCCACCUUUCAAGUCGGCAACCCACCGACUUGCGCGAUCGAGUGCGCAACAAGUACCCCGGAGUCUACCAACGCAUCGAAAAGGGGACUUUCCAAGCCAAGGACGAUGCCCGUGGCAACGACACCAUGGAGCCGUCCAUCAACAUGUCUAUUGAUGACUCGUUGAAGCGUUCAAAGGCUACAUCUGGCGGCCACCGGGCCAGCUACGGACACUCAAAGGACGAGUUGCAUUCGUGGCCGAUGCAAAUGCUUGAGUCGGCAAACUACAUGCACCCGCCUCACAGCUUCGAGUUUGGCGAGAGUGCUCCUCACUUUAUGGGUGGCGAGAUGGACAUCUCUCGCCUCUUACUUGACGACUCACGGCUGUCUCAACUGCCUACGCGGCAGGGCUACGAUGGCAUGUCUGGCCCAUCGUCUCCGUCCGCAUUUGCGGUGGAACACCGGAGGGACAGACACGGCCCUCACCCUGUGAAAUGCUGA